AUGCCCCUGCCCGCGGAGACAAGCUCUAUCAAAAUUGUAUCGCGGCGUCUAUCACAACCGUGCCGGGCCCAGUUGCGGCAUCACAGCCUGUUGUUGGGCCUGAGGCGCGCGGCGCCGACCAUGUCCGCGGCUACCGAACCACACGCAUCUGCCCAAACACGACGUCUUUCUUCGACGACGACUACGACGACAAAAUCGACGGCAGCGCCCCCGGCGAACCCGCAAGGCACUGCUGGGAGGUUCAGCUACAGCAUCGCCGCCUCGUACAUAGCGAAGGACCGGCCCUUCGACCCCUCUACCCACGUCUUCCACUUCAACCCCUACAACCGGGUGCAGCAGCCGCGGCAGCAGCCGCGCAACAACAAGGCCUCGCGGCCCGACUCCGGCCAGGACGCUUUCUUCGUGAGCCGCCUCGGCCAGGUCGGCAGCGGCGUGGCGCUCGGCGUCGCCGACGGCGUCGGUGGGUGGAUGGACAGCGGCGUCGACCCGGCCGACUUCUCGCACAGCCUCUGCGACUACGCCGCCGCGGAGGCCUACGGACACAACGGCGGGGUUGCGGGGCCCGGCGGGUCGGCGGGCACGGGCACGGCCCUGACGGCGCGCCAGCUCAUGCAGAGGGGCUACGAGGCGGUGUGCUCGGACCCAGCGAUCCCGGCCGGCGGCAGCACGGCGGUGGUGGGCCUGCUGGGCGACGACGGCACGCUCGAGGUGGCCAACCUGGGCGACAGCGGCUUCAUCCACCUGCGCCUGAACGGGGUGCACGCGCACAGCGCGCCGCAGACGCACGCCUUCAACACGCCCUUCCAGCUGUCCGUGAUCCCGCCCAGCGUGAUGCAGCGCGUCGCCGCCUUCGGCGGCGCCCAGCUGAGCGACCUCCCGCGCGACGCCGAGGUGUCGCGCCACACCCUGCGCCACGGCGACGUCCUCGUCCUCGCCACCGACGGGCUGUGGGACAACCUCUUCAACCAGGACAUACUCCGCAUCGUCAGCCGCACCAUGACCCGCGCCGGCGCGUGGACCGCCACCGACGCCGGCAUCGAGGUCGCAGCGGACCUGGGGCCCCUCACCCGCCUCGACGGCGCCGCCCCGCCGACCAGCGACGCCGGCCACCUUCACCACCAUCACCAUCACCACCACCACGCCCCCCACCGCCAGAAGCGGCAGGGACCGCCCGUCACCCUGCAGGGCCUGCUCGCGACGGGCCUCGUCGGCGCGGCCAAGGCAGCGAGCGUCAACACAAAGGUCGACGGGCCGUUCGCCAAGGAGGUCAAGAAGUACUACCCGCUGGAGAACUGGCGUGGCGGCAAGGUGGAUGACAUAUGCGUCAUCGUCGUCGUCGUCUCCGAGACCCAGGACCGGCCCGCCAAGGCUAGAUUGUGA